GGGUUCCAGGUGAGCAACGGGAGUGGGGCGUCGUGGGGCCCGCAGACCUCCUUGGAGGCCAGGCAGUAGGUCUGACCGCAGGUGCAUCCGCCCUGCCCUCUCUCUGCCAAUAGCCACCUCCGCGGAGAAUGAGGCGCCGCCCAAGAGACCCUGGGUUGGCGCCGGACGCAGCUGCCUCUCGGCGUUUGCCUCUUGGUCUUUGUGUGUGUAUCUGUGUUUGUCUGGCUGUGUCCGAGCCUGCCUCCACUUCUAGAACUAAGUUUCCUGGACACCGACCCCUCGCAAUCUCAAGCACCUUUCCCAUGGCAGGCUAUGUGCCCCCCAAAGGCUACGCCCCUUCGCCCCCACCUCCCUACCCUGUGACCGCCGGGUAUCCCGAACCAGCUCCUCAUCCGGGGUCUGAUCCGGCACUCGGGCAGAUACCGGUGCCCGCCCCAGCUCCCGGCUUUGCUCUCUACCCCUCACCGGGCCCUGGAGCCCACGGAUCUGCUGCUGCUCUCUUGCCUCUGCCAGGGGUGCCUCCUGGCCUGGAAUUCCUGGUUCAGAUGGAUCAUAUCUUGAUUCACCAGAAGACUGAGCGAGUGGAAAUGUUUCUAGGCUGGGAGACAUGUAAUCGCUAUGAACUGCGCUCAGGGUCUGGACAACCCCUGGGUCAGGCUGCCGAGGAGAGCACCUUCUGUGCCCGGCUGUGCUGCGGCUCCCAGCGGCCUCUGCGUGUUCGCAUAGUGGAUUCUGGGGACCGAGAGGUGCUCCGUCUGCUCCGUCCUCUCCAUUGUGGAUGCGGCUGCUGCCCAUGUGAUCUCCAGGAGAUGGAAGUUCAGGCUCCCCCGGGGACCACCAUCGGCCAUAUUCUACAGACCUGGCAUCCCUUCCUUCCCAAGUUCUCUAUCCAGGACGUGGAUCGCCAGACUAUCCUACGAGUAGUGGGUCCCUGCUGGACCUGUGGCUGUGGCACAGACACCAACUUUGAGGUGAAGACUCCAGAUGAAUCCCGCAGCGUGGGCCGAAUCAGCAAGCAGUGGGGCGGGCUGCUCCGAGAAGCCCUCACAGACGCUGACGACUUUGGCCUGCAGUUCCCGUUGGAUCUGGACGUGAGGAUGAAGGCUGUGCUGCUGGGCGCCACCUUCCUCAUUGACUACAUGUUUUUCGAGAAGCGAGGCGGCAACGGGCCCUCUGCCAUUACGAGUUAGACCCACCACCCGAGGGUGAGGACACCAUCACCUCAACUAGAGUUCAAGAUGGUUGCUUGCCACAGCCAGACACCCUCUUCAGAGGAGCCCCUUCCCGCCAUGUACACCAGGGAACAGACAGGGAUGCCUGAGGAAGUGGGGGUCCUGGUGCCCCAUCUCUCCCCUCCUCCUGACCUCUUUUGCCUGUGGUCUGCAUAGAAGGGCGUGCAUGGGAGCCCUUCCCCUGCCACCUCCACCUCUGGCUCUGGCGGUCCCCCAGCACACAAGUAUAUCAAAGCUUCUAAACUCUGCCAAUCCACUUCCUCCCACUCCUUUUCAGGGCCUCUGCUCCAGAGAAGACCCUUUGGAACCCAGGACGAGGGUUCCACAACAGAGCAGGGGGUGGGGGAGGGUAAGUGCACCAAAGAUGGCAGAUGGUUAUCCUUGCCCUUGCAUCAGCUUGGGCAAUUCAGCUUCUGACCACGCUGAGGGGACCACCCCCUCCCCUCAACAGCAGCUGUAGGCUUUAGGCUGAAGCCCCAGUGCCAAUCUACUACCCCCUCGGGGCCAGCCCACAGCUAGUGCUUGCUUUAACUUCUGUGCCUUAACCAUCCCUUCCUUCCCUUGCCCUAGGAAGGGGCCUGUAUCUUUGUAUGUUGUAUUCAUAUAAACUUUGUAACUUUUUUUUUGA